AGAGGAUUUGGACCAAGAAGAGAAGGCCAGGUUUGGUGAGCUCUGCAGCGGCGAGAACGGGAAGGGCAGGGAAUGGUUCGCGAGAUACGUGAGUGCCCAGCGCUGCAACUCCAAGUGCGUCUCGGAGCAGACCUUCUACCGCCUGAUGCAGUCCUUCGCCCUCGUGCUGUUUGAGUGUCACCAGAUGGAUGACUUCAGCCCUGCCAAGAACCUCAUGACCAUGUGUUUCACCUAUUACUACAUCGGCAAGACCCACGCGCUCCCAUUGGAGGCCAAGGAGAAGCCCAUGGGCAGCAUUGACUCAUACCUGAAGUCGGCAAACAGCUGGCUGGCGGAGAAGAAGGACAUUGCAGAGCGGCUGCUGAAAAACACCUCGGCCAAGACGGAGAACGUCAAGGGCUUCUUUGGGGGCCUGGAGACCAAACUGAAGGGUCCUACCACCAAAAGGAGCGACGAAGGUGAGGACAAACCAAAGGAGAAGCUGAAGAAGACGGUUUCCGUGCAGAGCCCAGAGGAGGAGAAGAAAGGGGAGAAGAUCUACCUGUACAUGCACCUCAAGCAGCAGCCCAUCUGGCACAACCUGCGGUUUUGGAAUGCCGCCUUCUUUGACGCCGUGCACUGCGAGCGCAGGAAGCGGUCCCCCACCACCAGAGGGAACGCUGGGGAGGAAGAGGAGAAGAG